AUGGUUCGCGUCACGGGAACCGGUAAGUUCACCAAGGCGGUGUCCAAGAAGCUCCACGUCGCCGAGGACGAGGUCGAGGACGAGGCCGACUCCGACAAGGAGAAGGAGGAGGCGAAGGAGGAGGUCGUCGACGAUGUGAAGGAGAAUGCCGACGACGCCGGCGGCUCCGACGGGGACGAGGAGGCCGACGACGAAGACGACGAGAAGGACGAUGAGGACGAGGAUGAGGAAGACGAGGACGAGGAAGACGGCCUCGGCGACUCCGAGGAAGAGGAGGAGGAGGAGGAGGAGGGGGCCGUGAAGAAGGGAAAAUCUCGCAAGCGCAACCAGUUCAUCGACGAUGCCGCCGAGGAGGACGAGGACGACGAGGAAGAAGAGCGCGGGCGCAAGAAGAAAAAGAAGAAGAGGACCGGCGCGAGCGCGUUCAUCGACGACAUGGCAGAGGAGGAGGACGCCGACGACGACGACGACGACGACGACGAGGGCGAGGAGGAGGAUCUCGAUGAGGGUGAGCGAGAGGCGGUGGAGCUUGAGGCGCAGCAGCGCAUCCACGCGAGGUACCAGAACAUGGAGAACAUGGAGCGCAUGGAGAACGAGGAAGAGCUCGAGAAGCAGAUCAAGGAGAGGUAUGCAGCGCACAUGGCGAGGGAGUUCGACGGGGACAUCGUGGGCAGCGUGGUGGACCAGCAGGCCCUUCAUCCCACGGUGAGGGAUCCCAAGCUGUGGCUUGUCACCGUGAAGCAGGGCAAGGAGAGGGAGACGGUGGUGUGCCUGAUGCAGAAGGCUAUCAACCUGCACAAGUCCGGCAAGGGCUCGAUGGCAAUCAAGUCCGCGUGCGUGCAGGAUCACCUCAAGUCCUACAUCUACGUCGAGGCUGAGAGGGAGUCUGACGUCAAGAAAGCUCUCCAGGGCAUGAGGCACGUCUACCACUCCAAGCCCAUCAAACUGGUGCCCAUUACCGAGAUGGUGGACUCCAUCACCGUCACCAAGAAGAAGGUAGAGAACAUCCAGUACCAAUCAUGGGUGAGGAUGCGCGGCGGCGUUUACAAGGGUGACCUUGCCAGGGUGAUCGACAUCAACUACGCCGACAACCAGUGCACCGUGCAGCUUGUUCCCAGGUUUGACUACGCGCUCCUGCAGGCGAAGGAAGAGGGAACCGCGGCGGGCAGGGCCAAGCCCAACGCCGCGCUCCGCCCCCCCGCGCGUCUGUUCACCGAGGCGGAGGCGCGCAAGUACAACCUCUCCCUCGAGCGCGGCCGCAUGGACCGCCGAACUGGCGACAGGCUCGACAUCCUCUGCGGCGUCCACAAGCUCAGGGACGGCUACUACAUCAAGACCAUCUCCAUGGCAUCCUGUAAGCUGGCGGGCGAGCCCCCGCUCGAUGAGCUGCAGAGGUACACCGCGGGCGAGGACGCGGCGGGCGAGGACCGCGGCGAGGUGGGCGCGGGUAAGUCAACGACGGAGGCUAACCUCGAAGCGUUGGCUGCGUCGUUGGGCGACAGAUCCGCGAGCGCCGACCAGGUGUUCCGCCCUGGCGACCAGGUGGUGGUUGUCAAGGGCGACCUCAAGAACCUGACCGGUAUCGUGGACCGCGUGAUGGCAGAUGGCACCGUCCAGAUCAAGCCCGAGCACGAGUUGCUCCACGAUAUUCUGGACGUGGACAGGGAGAACCUUCGCAAGUCCUUCAAGAUUGGCUCGCACGUCCGGUGCAUCGAGGGCCGUCACGAGGGCGAGGCCGGCCUGGUGGUCAAGGUCGAGGGCGAGGUGGCCACGGUGUUCUCCGACGUGACCAAGGAGGAGUUCCUGGUCUUCUCCCACCACCUCGCGGACAGCGCGGAGACCACGCACAGAGUCGAGACCCUCGGCGAGUACGGCGUCCACGAUCUGGCGCUCCUCAAGGACGACUCGGUGGGCAUGCUCAUCAGGGUGGAGAAAGACGCGGCGAUGCUGAUGAUGUCCACGUCCAACUUCGACAGGCCCGACGUGCGGGCGGUCAGGCUUCACGACUUCCAGCGUAAGCUCUACACCAGGACGCUCUCUGCGGUGGACAGCGCCAUGGAGACAAUCGAGCCCAAGUCGAUGUGCCGCAUCGUCGACGGACCCGGCAAGGGCAUGACCAUCACCGUGGAGCACAUCUGGAAGGGCGUGCUGUGGGGUAAGGCUAGAGGCGUGUCCGAGCACGGUGGCAUGCUGGUGUGCCGCUCUAGGGACGUCAAGAUCCACGGCGGCAGGGCCAAGGACCCGGUUACGGGCGGGAGGGGCUUUGGCGCCGUGCCCAUGUCACCGGGCUCGGCGCUCCUCCGCUCACCUUCCAACCAGGACAACGGCGGGCCCCAGGCUGCGCCCCAGCGCGGUCGUUUCGGCGGCGGCGCCGUGGGCAGGAGAGACGCGGGCCUCAUCGGCAGCAACGUCAAGGUCACCGCCGGCGUGUACAAGGGGUACAAGGGCAAGGUUGUCGACGCGACGGAGACCACCGUUCGCGUGGAGCUGCAGGCGCAGGGUCGCACGGUCACGGUGCAGCGCACGCAAAUCGCGCAGCCCGGCGCCGCGCCGGUCGCCUCCUCUUACGGCGCCGCGCCCUCGGUCGCGUCGUCCGUCGAUUCCUUCCAACCGCCCGCGCGCACCCCCCAGCACCGCCCGACCACCCCAGCUUACAACCCCGGCAUGACCCCCUCGCGCGACGACGGCGCGGGGGGACGCACCCCGCUCAGGGACACCGCUUGGGGCGCCCAGACCCCGGCGUACGACACGUCCCACUGGAACGACGACACCCCCACGCCCGGCGGCGAGUCCGGUUACACGGGUACCCCCGACGUUCGCCACACGGGCACCCCCGACCUCCGCGGCGGCUCGAGCGCGCUCGCCAUCUCGGCGUCUGACGCCGGGUAUCGCGGAAAGUUCAUCACCGGCGCCGUCGUGGUCCUGCCCGGCGGGAAGCAGGGCGUGGUGCGGUCGCGCUCCGGCGAUGAGGUCACCGUGCAGAUUGGCACGCUCAAGACCCUGCCCAACGGCGAGACGCGCAUGGAGAGCUUGGAGGGCGACGAGAGGGAGACCGUCUCCGAGGCGGAGCUGGAGCUCGCCAAGCCACAGAAGAAGGACAAGAUCAUCGUGGUGGAGGGCACGGACCGCGGGCUGGGCGCAGAGCUCAUCGGCGUCGACAACGAGGACGGCGUCAUCAAGAUGGACGCCACUAAGGAGAUUUCCAUCUAUGGAAUCGGCACCUUGGCUCGCAUUUUCGUCGGGUGAGAGACGACGAAAUAUAUUGUUGGGAGACGCUUAGUUCACGGCGGCGACUUUGUCGCUUUGUCAAUCGCGAAAGCGCUAAAGAUUCACGUACU